AUGGCUCCUGCGCGUCAGCAACCGGCGCCUCCGCCUUUUAGCAAGGAUGAAAAGGUUCUUUGCUUUCAUAUGGACAUGCUCUAUGAGGCUAAAAUCAUGGACGUUCAGCAAGGUGAGAAGCCCAGUGAUGGCUACAAGUAUAAAGUCCAUUACAAGGGCUGGAAGAAUACCUGGGACGACUGGGUACUAGUUGACCGCAUCCGGCCUUUUGAUGAUGAACACAAGGAGCUUGCGGCACAACUUCAUGCGCAAGUGAAGCAUAAUAUUCAACGAAGCACGAAACAGCCCAAGAAGGGCCUUAGAAGUGGUGCCGAGUCUGCUAGAGUCAGCGAGGAGAGAUCGGGGUCCGCUACUGUUCAAGGAGGUAGAGGAGGCAGACGAGGAAAAGAUUGGGAACUUGAACAGAGCUUUCCCAUUCCAAACACGCGGGAAUCUCCUGAAGAGACUCAAUCUAGCGAGUCUGUCGAUUCCGGCGAGCCGUCUAGAAAGGUCUCGCUUGAGAGCAUCCGCGAGCCCAAAGACCCCCUCACAGCCCUCCCUUCAAAGAAGCAUCGCUAUGUCACCGAUUCAGGCAAGCUUGUCCAGGAUAACCGCUACACUGUUCCACUCGCCGCCAAUGUCGAGACUAAGCAGCCUCGUCGAAAGCCCCCCAAAACCUCCAAGACUUCCAAGACCUCCAAAGCCCCCAAGUGUGGUACCAAGCGAAAGCAAAGUCCAAGUGACGAGCUUGGACAACCUGAUGAACUAGAGACGGAAGACUCCUUUCACAACAAGCCCAUGAUCAACUUACCUGUGCCUGAUCACAUUCAAGCGAUGCUUGUAGAUGACUGGGAAAAUAUCACUAAGAACAACCAACUGGUUCCCCUCCCUCACUCCAAGCCAGUCGCCAAGAUCUUCGAGGACUACCUUGCCCAUGAGCGUCCCCAUCGUGAGGAGGGAUCCUCCAGUAUGGAUAUCUUGGAGGAAGUUGUAGCAGGUCUCCGCGAGUACUUUGAGAAGGCUCUCAGCAGAAUCCUACUCUAUCGCUUUGAGCGCCACCAGUACAUGGAGAUGAAGAAGCUGUGGGAAAAUACCGAAUCAAACCCCGAAUACACCAAUGUCUGUGACGUCUACGGUGCUGAGCAUCUUGCUCGAUUGAUAGUGUCUCUCCCUGAGCUGUUGGCGCAGACCAACAUGGACCAGCAGUCCGUGUCACGCCUCCGCGAAGAAAUUGGGAAGUUCAAUGUUUGGCUGGGACGUAACUGCGAAACCUACUUCGCCAAUGAGUACGAGACGCCGGCUCAAGACUACAUUGACAAGGCUCGCAGCUUCUAG